UUAUAGGCCUCAGUUAUCAAUUUGCAUUCGAGAGAUCUUCUCCCAGCUACUUAUUACAUUUAGAUUGAAUUUCUGUGCAUUAAAAAAAAAUGUGUGGCCUAUUAUACGCCGUCCUACUAGUCCCUUCGAUAUUCAUUGGAACAAAUGCUCACGUUAUGAACCCUUGGAGGGGAAUCGUUGGUGGAGUCACUGCAAGAGCCGGUGAAUUCCCAUACUUCGUGUCAUUGAGAGAUGAAUACGGACACUUCUGCGGCGGUACCAUAAUCAGUCCUCUUCAUGUACUCACCGCGGGUCAUUGUUUAUCUAAACUCGGGGCUCGGUUUUAUGCUGCUAGUGGAUUAACUUGGAGGGACGAUUCUAAUGCUAUAAUCAGCGAAGUCAGGUCCUUUCAACUUCAUCCCGACUUUGUGGACUAUACACCCAGUCGGGGGCUCAAAAAUGACAUUGCGGUUAUUACGUUGAAAAAUAAACUCAAUCUUGACGGGGUUCGACUGAGAGCAUUGAAACUGCCAACUGAAGAUUACGUUGAUGGAUCUAUUGGUACAGCCAUUGGCCUGGGAAAAAUAAAUUCAGUCUGGGACAAAGAUUAUACUAAACUUCCAAAUCAAAUUCAAAAAUUGGAACUAGUAAUCAAGGAUGACGUCUGUCGGAAAUUCGUGACUCGACCGUGGAGGGACGUAUUGUGCGGAGUGAAUCCAAGAGCAACGAUAUGUGGGGGCGAUAGCGGAAGUCCUUUGAUCAUUAACAACUUCGUCAUUGGGGUUGCAUCAGCUUCUGACUGCGAGAUUGGAGAAGAAGGAUUGUACGUCAAUGUGUUCCAUUACAAACGCUUUAUUGAGAAAGUCAUGGAGAGCAGUUACAUUAAUUAACGGCGGAUAUAUUGUUGUAUUUAAGUAUUCCUCUAUUUAUGUAUUUAUUUAUUCAUUCGAUUUCAUCUGCCUAUUUAUUAUAUUUAGGUCAUUUAUUGUAUUUAAUAAAUGAUCGGUAACUUAUUCUAAAAAAUUAUAAAGUGUCAAUACGUGUUAUAUUACAAUUCAUCAAUUUUAACAUAAAACCCCACAUAUUUUGUAAAAUGUUUUCCAAGCAUAAUCACUACAAAUUUGAGGAAUACAAAAUAUCAUUUAAUGACUAGACGGACAUCAUUGAAAGUCAAAUUAAGUAAAUCCUCAUCUCAAUCUACGAUAUCUUCAAUUUUAAAAUGACAGACAAUCCUUUAAAAAAUCUUCAAUAACUUCAAGAUCAUGCUGCUAAAAGAUAGAAUAAAAAAAUAGUUAAAACAA